AUGGCAGAGGGCGUUGAGAACUGUAACGGUUUACUGACGCUGGCAAAGUACAACUGCAGUUCAACUCUAGGCGAAGCGUGGUUUCAAGAGCUGGAAGUAGAACUGGGCAAAAUCAACUGGGACGUGGAGUUAGGCGAAAUGAAAAUAAGCUGUUAUGGCGUAAGAAUGGACACCUCCUGUUCUGCAGACGGUCAGCAAAUGGACCAGUGCGUGACUAAAGCCGACCGGAAGUCUGAGGGAAGAACGUUCGCCUUUCAUAAGUUCGUACGCUUAGUGGACGACGUCUAUUCGAGCGCGUUGUUUCGUUCGAUCACUACGCCGAUGUCUCAGGGCUCGUCACCAGUCCCACCGGUGACAUCAACAGAGGCGAUGACGAGGGCGGAUAACUACGGUGGGCGAAGACCAGCGAUCUGA